AUGGGUCUUUUUGAGAAAUUACAUGCAAAACUGGAGCUUUAUCGGCUCGAACAGAGAUACGCCAGACGCAAGCACCGCAGCACGCUCACCGUGGGCGCCCAAUACGUCGACGGCGAAUAUGUCUACGCAAACAAUACCGGAAGUGGCUGUUCAUCAGCCGCAACCUCCAGCUCAACAGUAGCAAAACACUCAACGGGGACGUCGUGGAGGCCGUCGGGAACCUGGGGUGGGUUCGGCUCACAGGACCGUCGGAUUAGAUGA